UAUUGAAGGUUCAAAAGUUACUCAAAUCUCAAAAUGAAAACAAAGCCAAGUGAAAUCAUUUAACAGAGUUAUUUCGAGAUAUGGAAGAGUGUCAUGCCUCAAAAGUGCUACGUCUCCCAGUGAUUCUUUAUAAGAUUUUAAAUUUUCUUCCUUGUAAAGCUUUAAACUCGUGUUCAAGAGUGUGUAAAGUCUGGAAUGAAUAUGCAGCAACUAUAAAGAAAAAAAGGAAGAAAAUAGAAUGGAUGGCAUUAGAAUAUGAUGAAGAAGAAGGUCUGAACAGUAAAGCAGAGAACUUGUGCUCCUUCAUUGAGCAACUAUCCAGUGAACCAGACCAUCUUUUAAUGUUUUGUACAUCAAGACUCUAUGAAAGUCCAAUCAGUUUACCAUCCUCUCAUCCAACCAGGUUCCCACGCAAUGCAAAAUGUGAAGCUGUGGAAGUUAGCACCUUCAUGGAAAAACUUUUACCAAAACUAUGUCCAAUAUUUGCAUUAGUUGCAGAUGGUGUUGUAGUUACAGACCAAAAGACAAACAAGACAUGUGAAAUGGAAGACAGAGAUGCUCUGACACUAUUAUCAAUACCAAAAAUAGAUGGUUUCGAUAUUUAUACCUUUUAUGUAGAUAUCUAUACAUAUGCAAACAGAAUGGACGAAAGUGGAAGUGGAUUGUUUGAGGUUGAUCAAGUCAGUACUGUGCCAGCUGACAAAGAGGUCAAGGCCAUUCUUUUCUUCUGUGAUGAGCCAUUCUGUCCCCCUGAGAUUGGCUAUACCUUGUUACAACACUAUAAAAGCUGUGUGAUUGCAGGAGGAUAUGUAGACAAUUUCAAUAGUAAUAGGAAUUCUGAAGCAUCAUUAAUGUGUAUUGCUCUCUGUGGUCCAAGGGUCCAUGCUGCUUCUGUAAUAAUACGGGAAGAAGUCAACACAGCUCAAGAAGUGGAUAAAAUCAUCAAGAAACUCAAAGAUUGUAACAUUCCUGAAGAAAAUAGUUUUGCUUUUAUGUUUGCAUGUAUUGGACGAGGUCGAGGACAUUUCAAAGGAUCUGAAAAUGUUGAGUCAAGUGUUUUUAGGAAAUACUUCCCUAAAACACCUUUAUUUGGAUUUUUUGGAAAUGGGGAAGUUGGAUUUGAACAUUUACAUAAAUAUGAAGAAAAUAUUAAGACUGGAGAGGUACCAUCAGAGAUUCCUAAUAAACCUCUUCCAAAACUAUACCAUGCAUACACUACAAUUAUUUGCUUGGUGUCAAUUAUUUAAAUUUAUUUCAUAAAAAAAUCUUAAAAAUAUACUAGUAAGAAAUUG